AUGACCAACAGAUGUAUUCCCCAAGAAUCUGAAGCUCUUCUUAGCUUCAAAGCAUCCUUCAAUGAUUCCCAAGGCUAUUUCAGUUCGUGGGUAAAUGGAACAGACUGUUACAGCAUGUGGAAAGGCAUAUCCUGCAACAAACAAGACAACCACGUUGUAUCUCUCGAUGUAAGUCCUUCGGGUUUCAUUGAAGGUGUGAUAUCUGAGAGCUUGUGCCAACUUCGUUUUCUCACAUCACUGAGGAUAAUAGGAGUACAAGGUACUAGCAUUCUGCCUCCUUGUUUGGGAACUCUCUCUUAUAUUGAGACUUUACGUUUAUAUCUAAAUGACUUUGGUGGGAUGAUUCCCCCUUUCAUUUGUUUGCUCACCCGGCUUAAAGCUCUUGUUCUUUUUAGCAAUAAUUUCAGUGGCAACAUACCUAUUUGUUUAGGCAAUCUUUCUUCUUUAACUGCCCUUUCCAUUGCUUCCAACCAACUUAGUGGAAGCAUACCAGCUUCCCUGGGUGAUUUUUCUUCAUUAAUUGGCCUUGACCUUAGUACCAACAAACUGAGUGGAAGCAUUCCAGCUUCUCUUGGUAAUAUUUCUUCUUUAACUUGCCUUGUCCUUGAUAACAACCAACUUAAUGGAAGCAUACCAGCUUCUUUGGGUAGCAAUUCUUCUAUUGAGAUUCUUGCCCUUAAUCACAACAAACUCAGUGGUAGCAUACCAACUUCUCUUGGAAGUCUCUCAAUGUUGAGUGAUUUAGAUCUUCGAGACAAUCAACUGAGUGGUACCAUUCCAGCUUCCUUGGGCAAUUUGUCUUUCCUUGAAUAUUUCCGUAUUAAAAAUAACCAACUAUUUGGAACCAUUCCCCCUUCAUUUGCUCAUCUUUCCUCCCUAUAUGAAUUCGAUUGUAGUGGCAAUGGUUUCAACGAAACCAUCUCGUCUUCUUCACUUCCAUUUUCUUUAAAUAGUUGGAAUAAGUCAAUUGAAGUUGAUAUAAAUGUUGCAGGAAAUGUUGAUGUGAAUGAACUAGAUGAUAUUGCUCAGAAAGGCACAGAUGAUGUUGCUAGAACUACGGGAAAGGGAAAAAGAAGAAUAAAAUUGAAAGUGGGCCGCAAGUGGGAAAUGACAAGGAAUUUUUAG